AUUAAUGAUAUAUUGUUAAAUGAAGUUUUUUGUAAGAUUUUGUUUUUGUAAUAUAAAACUAAAUUCAUCUUGUACUAACAAAUAUGCAUAUAUUAUAUUAAUUAUUUUUCUUAAUCAAUGAGAAGCUUUUUUGGUAUCAAAGUGCCUUGUCUACCGGUUAAAACUUUAUCUUGAUGGCACUGUAUCAGACUCUCAAGCGGCUUUAUUCUAGGUAGAGUGAUUAAUGAUAAUGUGAUGAUCGCUCAUGAGCUUAUGCACUCUUUAAAAGUCCGAAAGAGAGUUUCCAAAUCAUAUAUGGCGGUCAAGACGGAUGUCAGCAAGGCAUAUGAUCGAGUCGAAUGGAAUUUUCUUGAAACAAUAAUGCGACUGUUUGGUUUUUGUGACAAGUGGAUAAGUUUGAUUAUGGGAGCAGUUAAGUCAGCACAUUUUUCAGUGUUGAUAAAUGGAUUUCCAUAUGGUUUGAUAACACCACAACGUGGGAUAAGACAUGGUGACCCCUAGUCCCCAUAUCUUUUCAUUUUAUGUGCGGAUAUACUAAGCCAUUUGAUAAGAUCGCGAGUAGCCGGUGGAGAUAUCAUAGGUAUCAAUAUUGGAAAUGAGGUUCCUCCUAUCACACACCUUAAGUUCGCUGAUGAUUCAUUGAUCUUCUGCCAGACAAAUGUUCGAAAUUGUCAGGCCCUAAAAGAUGUUUUUGAUGUUUAUGAAUACUAUUCUGGACAGCAAAUUAAUAUGACAAAGUCCAUGGUCACUUUUGGUUCAAGAGUCUAUGGAUCAACACAGACUUGGUUAAAAAAUAUCUUACAAAUCCCAAACCAUGGUAGAGGAAAAUAUUUGGGUUUACCUUGGAACAGUUUGAUCGAAAUAAGACAGAAAUGUUUAACUACAUCAUUCAAAGAGUCAAAAAUCGUACAUCAAGCUGGAGUGCUAAAGGCCUGUCCGCUGAAGGCAAAGAAAUCAUGCUAAAAUUGGUUGGACUAGCUAUGCCAGUUUACGCGAUGUCCUGUUUCAAAUUACCUAUUGGAGUAAUUAACGAUAUUGAUUCUCUGUAGAUGAAUUUUUGGUGGGAAAAGGGUCCUAAGAAACGUGGUAUACCUUGGAUAGCAUGGAAGAGAUUACAAUACACUAAUAAAGAAGCUGGACUGGGUUUUAGAGAUUUAGCAAAAUUCAAUGAUGCAUUCCUUGCAAAACAGGCUUGGUGACUAAUUCACCAUCCAAAUACUCUGUUUUCUUGUGUAAUGAAAGCUCAUUAUUUCAAAUAUGAUAGCAUUUUAGAUGUAAAGCCAAGAAAUAAUCAAUCGUAUGGUUGGUCUUCUAUGUUAGUCGGAAUUGAUGUGCUAAAGAAGGAAUCAUGAUACCUUGUCGGAGAUGGUUUGAAUAUCAACAUGGCAACAUAUAACUUGGUUGAUUCUCACCCACCCCAACCAUUAGAGAUGAUCCACACAAAUCGUAACUUUGAUGACAAGUUAAACAUUCUUAUUGCGAACUGUGGUUCUCACAGAUAUUGGGACAAUGAUCGAGUUCAGGAAUACAUCCAUCCUAGAGAUCAUGAGUUUAUACAAUCGAUUCAUUUACCAGUCAAUAUCUUGGAAGACAAGUUACUUUGGAACUAUACACAAGAUGGAGCUUACACAGUUCGAUCUGGAUAUUGGUUCCUCACUCAUGGAUCGCUUGAAUUAAAAACUAAGAUUUGGCAACUACCGGUGCUUCCAUAAUAAAACAUUUUUUUAUGGAGAACAUUAUUCGGUGCUCUGGCAACAUGGUCUCGAUUAAAGUCGAGAGGUAUGCGAAAUGAUACAAGCUUCAAUCAACAAACUUCACAAACGCAAGAAGGAUGGAUACACUACAGAAAUUAAGGGUAUUAAUAGCAUAACAUUAUAACGUUUUUUAUUUUUAUGCUAUAAUUGAGUAUAGAGAAACUAUAGAUAGCGUUUGCCAAAAGGUAAAGUUAAGGGGAAUCUUGCCACUGUUUCCUGUGGCUUUGAGAGGCUUGCUGCCAAAAGGGCCUAGGAUUGCUGUGACUCGAGUAUGCAACUUCUUCAACCGAUUAUGCUAGCGUACAAUAGACACAGAGAUGUUAACAUCAUUGGAGACUGAUAUUGUGGAGACAAUGUGCCAAAUGGAGUGUUUCUUUCCUCCAUCACUAUUUGACAUUAUGUUCCAUCUUCCUCUACAUCUAGCAAGAGAGGCGCGUUUAGGUGGACCAGUACACUUUCGUUGGAUGUAUCCAUUUGAGAGGUAUAUGAAGACACUUAAGGGAUAUGUGAAAAAUUAUGCAAGGCCAGAAGCAUGUAUGGCUGAGGGCUAUUUGGCUGAGGAAUGCAUAGCCUUCUGCUUAGAUUUUCUAAAGAAUUCUGCACCGGUGGAAGAAGCUGUAAAACGAAAUGAAGAUGUGGAGGCUGAUGAUAUUCUCCUUGAGGGUCGGCCACUGUAGAAGGCUACUGAAGUAAGACUUUCCGACAAAGAGAGAGAUAUAGCCCAUUUUUAUGUGUUAAUGAACACAUCACUUAUGGAUCCCUAUGUUGAGACGCAUUUAGAAGAAUUGCAAGCUAGUGAUGUCCGGUGUGAAAGAAAUGAAACUCUACUAUGGAAAUUGCAUACAGAAAGGUUUGCACAGUGGAUAAAAGAAAAGAUACCUUCUAACUUAGAGGCUCACUCUAAGAAGCUGAGGUGGCUGGCAUUUGGACCAAGACAUAUUUCUCAAAGCCAUAAGGGUUUUGUCAUAAAUGGACAUCGAUUCCAUACUUAUGAUGUUAAGCGGGAGACUCAGAACAGUGGAGUGACAUAUGAAGCAUUUUCUAUGUGUAGAGCUAGUGCACGAGAUAGUAACCAAAGGGCUGACGCAGUUACAUACUAUGGAGUGAUCAGGGAGAUCAUUCUUGUUGACUACCACAUGUUCCAUGUUCCCCUUUUCAAAUGCAGUUGGGCAAACACAAGGAAUGGUGUGAAAGAAGAAGAAGGAUUCACUCUUGUAAACCUCCAUCUUAACCAGACGGCGUUUCUCCGUGAUCCAUACAUAUUGCCAUCACAAGCAAAACAAGUGUUUUACUCUAGAGAUGAAGAGUUUGUCACAGCACUAGUGUAUGACCAGCACCUUGAAGAUUUGGAGAAUCAGUCAUCUGACGAUGAGAGUUAUUGUGUUAGGGAUGACUGUGAUGGAGUUAUAGUGGAAGAUUGAUAUCUAGGACUGCAUCAUAUCAUAGUAUAGGGAAUUGGCUACAGCUUUUUUAUGGUAUAAUUGUUUGUUGUGUUGCAGGCUAAGUCAUGGUUACUACGAGAGGAGUAGGAAAUCUGCGCUGCAGCAACCGUCAGGCGGGAAAAGGUUGGAGUUCUCUUGUUCCCAAGAAAACCACCAAAAACCCAAAUAAAAAGAGUGUUGGAAAGUUGGUUAAAGUAAAGUCAGCUAAUCAAGUUGAGGAACAAGUUGUUGAUGAAAUUCACAUAGAGAAAGAGAAAGAAAUGGAUGAAAGAGGAAAAGAUAAUACUGUGCAUAUGGAUGAAGGAAGAAGAGUAGAUGAGGAAGAAGAGGUUGUAGAAUCUGAUGCAGAAGAGGAAGAUGCAGAAGAACUGCAUGUAGAAUCUGAAGGAGAAAAGGAAGAUGCAGAAGAACUGCAUGUAGAAUCUGAAGGAGAAAAGGAAGAUGCAGAAGAACUGCAUGUAGAAUCUGACAAAGAUAAUGUUGGAGGUGAUACACAAGUUGCUCCCCAGUCUACUGAAGGUGACACUGUAAAUGCUUCCAGUGGAGGAGACUCAGUCCAUCAGUCAAACUCGACCACCAAGAGAACAAAGGGCAAGACCAGGAUGCGUAAAUUGGCUAAAGACCCGCUUGACAAGGUUGAGGUGGAUUUUACAUGUCUUGGUGAACAUGCAGGAGAUGGCUCAACAACACUUUCAUCGUUUCUUGGUGUUUUGGUGAAGGAGCAUGUUUAUGUACUACUCAAUGAUUGGAGAAAACUCGAUCAACAAACAAAGAACAGAAUGUGGGAGGAAAUUCAGGGGAGGUUUAAAGUACAAGAAGAGUGGAAAAAACAUUCUCUUUUUAAGCAGAUGAAUUGUAUAUGGAGGUCAGCUAAAUCUAUUCUUGUGGGCCAAGUUCGAGCUGCGAGCAGUGACGCAGAACGAUUAGAGCUUAAACCAAGCAACAUCUGAAACUGACUUUCUUUGUGGUGUAUGAAUGAAUGAUGUAUGGAAUGAUGAUGUAUGGAAUGAAUAGA